CGCGCACGCGCUAGGCGGUGCCACUAUUUGUAAUUAUGUCGCUAAAAGCUCCUCCUCCGCCCAUUCUUAAUCCCUUAUCCGCUAAUACCGCAGUAGACAUUCACCCACAACUACCAGCUGCCGUCAAACAGCAUAGCAGCGGUGUGUGCUGCUGGAGAAGCCCCGAGAGACUUUAUUCGCUUCUUUUUUCCCCACCCUCCGUCCGAGGAGAGAGAGUCAAGGGUGAUACGAUCUGAUUUUAACUACUCUUUCCUGGAAAUCAGCAGUGGCAGCUGACCGGGAUGGCCUCCUCUGAUGAUACAGAAGGGUCUCUGACUCCUGUGGAUUUUAUCCAGCUGCAGCACUACAUGGAAGAGAGCAAUUUGAGGGUGAAAGAUGUGAUUAAGGAGUUUCAUCCAGGCGGUCGGUUCUCUAAGCACAGCUUUGGAGAGUGCGUCGAUGCCGAGGGCUUCUGUCUCUUUCUCAAGACCUACUUAGAAGUGGAGGACUUCCCUGCAGAUUUCUGCCAGCGGCUUUUUCGUUAUUUCCAAAACGUGGAGCAAAACGGCUCCUCGAAGAGCCCUCAGCCCAAAGAAGGUGGAGUCUUUCUUCGUGAUGUGUCCUGUUACUUCUCAGUGUUGGAGAAAGAACAGCCGCGGGAGAAGCUCGAAUUUACAUUCAAACUUUACGACAAAGAUGGCAACGGACUCCUGGACAGCUCUGAAGUGGAUCGUAUAAUCACUCAAAUGAUGCGUGCUGCUGAUUAUCUGGGCUGGGACGUGACUGAACUCAGACCAGUGCUCAAAGACAUGAUGACAGCGAUUGAUGUGGAUGAUAGUGGCACCGUCACUCUGGAGGAGUGGCUGAAGGGAGGCAUGAACAAUGUACCUUUACUUGUUCUGCUGGGGUUGAAGAUGACUGAAAAGGAUGGGCAGCACAUAUGGACGAUGAAGCAUUUUAACAAGCCAACCUACUGCAGCGUGUGUGAGAGCAUGCUGCUCGGCCUUGGGAAGCAAGGACUCAGCUGCAACUGCUGCAAGUACAUCGUCCACAGCCAGUGUGCCAACAAGAACCCCGAGCCGUGCGCUCGUACCUUUGUCAAAUCUAAACAGGAAAUUGGUAUACCAGCUCAUGACUGGAUCAGAGCUGACUGCGGUGCCAACAAGUGUGAUGUCUGCAAUAAGAAGAUCAAAACUUUGGCCGGGAAGCGCUGCGUGUGGUGCCAGGAGUUGCGUCACGAUGAAUGUGUUUUGCGUGGCUUAUCGAACUGUGACUGCGGGCCGCUGAAAGAUCAUAUACUGCCUCCGUGGGCCAUUUACGCUGUCUCAAAGGAGGAGGACACUAGCCUGUUGAAUGUCACUCUUGAUGGCCACAUCCUGCAGAUUGUUCCUGUUCCUCGUACCCACCCUCUGCUGGUGUUUGUAAACCCAAAAAGUGGAGGAAAACAAGGCGAACGAGUGCUCAGGAAGUUUCAGUACCUGUUAAAUCCACGCCAAGUAUACAACCUGUCCGAUGGAGGCCCUGCUCCAGGUCUGCACUUCUUUCGUAAUCUGCGCGACUACAGGAUCUUGGUGUGUGGAGGAGACGGCACCGUCGGGUGGCUCCUGGAUGCUUUAGACAAAGAAAACCUCCAGGUGAAUCCUUCAGUAGCUGUGCUGCCUCUGGGCACUGGGAAUGACCUGGCUCGCUGCCUACGCUGGGGAGGAGGAUAUGAAGGGUCAGAUUUGAGAGAAAUCCUGAAAGAGAUUGAAGGGAGUGAGUUGGUCCCCAUGGACCGCUGGAGUAUCCAAGUGAUACCAAAUGACCCUCAUGAGGCAGGAGACCCUGUGCCCAAUGAGAUCAUUAACAACUACUUUUCCAUUGGAGUGGAUGCUUCUAUUGCUCAUCGUUUCCACUCCAUGAGAGAGAAACAUCCCCAGAGGUUCAAUAGCAGAAUGAAGAACAAACUUAAGUAUUUUGAAUUUGCCACUUCGGAGACCCUCUCGUCCUCCUGUAAGAGGCUGAAGGACUGUCUAACGAUUGAGUGCUGCGGAAAACCUCUGGACCUGACUCGUGUCUCUCUAGAGGGCAUAGCUGUCCUCAACAUACCCAGCAUGCACGGAGGCUCCAACCUCUGGGGUGAGUCGAAGAAGUCUGAUGGCGUGGCAGGGCUGGAGCAGAGUGAGGUUAUCACUGACCCCGAAGCUCUGAAAAUAGUUUCCCAAGAUAUAAGCGAUAAACGAUUGGAGGUGGUCGGGCUUGAAGGGGUUAUAGAGAUGGGACAAAUCUAUACUGGGCUGAAGAGCGCUGGGCACAGACUGGCACAGACCUCCCAGAUUACCAUCAGGACAUCUAAAGCAUUUCCAAUGCAGAUCGAUGGGGAGCCCUGGAUGCAGCCUCCUUGUACUAUCCACAUAACUCACAAGAACCAAGCUAACAUGCUAAUGGCUCCACCUACCAAACCAUCUGGCUUCUUUCACCUCAAAUAGAGUCGUAGCUCCUACGUCCUCUGGUCCUCUGAGGAUCACUGCAGCUCACCAGCAUUGGAUUGAGUGUGUAACCGUGUGUUUUCAUUGUUUACUUCCUUUGCACCCAGUUCCUAAUAUCAUUUUAAGUUACUGCUUUCAUAGACAGAUGCCACACUGACAAACCAAUAUCAAAAGUGCAAAUUUGACAAGUUUGACUGCUGCUUUUGUGUGCCAAUUUUCAUGCAAUGCAUUAUGUUUCUAUAGAUAAAGGAUCAGAGCACAUUGUGUACCUACAGUAUAAGCACAAGGAACAUGCAUGUACUAGCUGUAUUUUAUGUUGUGAUGUUUUGUUGUGCUAAAUCAUAUUUACAGUAGUAUCUGUACUUCCUCGUGCAGCUAGUGACAAAAAGCAGUUCACCAACUAAACUGUCCUGUGUGUUGACAUGUAUUUCAUUGUCAGUGUUCAUCCACUUGAGAAACAAGAAGAUAGAUAAGAAGAUAUUCAUGUGAAUGUUUUGACUGUUUCUUAAAUAACUGUUGAUGGAAUAAUGCAAGGAACUCUCGAUUGAAUGUAACUGAAUGUGAUUUUUGUUUUUGUUUGAGGCAUUGAAUACAGCCCUCCCAUAUUUAAAGAGCUUAAUGGCAGCAGCAUUCCACUGUGUCUAAUACACGCCUGGUGUACAUACCUGAAAUCAUAUUUAAUGUUAGCUUCUGUACCACUCUUGUCCUGUAACCUCGGUUUGUCAAUUUAAUUCUUUGUGUCAAUACUUUUAUUACACUCCGCACUGAAAAAGCUUCUCAAACACACAGACACGACUGAUGAGGUCAUGCUAACGUUUGGUGGAAGCUAGCCAAAGUAUUCUACUUUGUGUUUGAAGAAAUAAAGUUUAAAGUUAAGAAA